AUUCCCGCUCACUUGCACACCCCUGCACGCCCACAUACGGCACAUUAGCGUGACAUUAGCCAGCGCAGCGAACGGUAUCAGCGAAAAUAGCUGAAGCCACAACCAGCAGUUUGUUCUUUUUCCUAGUCAGUUGACGUUUGGUCGAACCGUGUGGUCGCUCCGGUCUAACAGUUCCAAUACUAGGCAAGUUAAGAUUUACACGCCGCUGCUGACACAUUUCAAUUAAACGUGAAAAAUGUCGAUUUAUCGUAUUUCAACGCGUAAGUUGCCCGAAGCGCAGAAACUGAAUGGCCUUUUGGUGCGUUUCAUCUCUGCCGAUUCGAGCUUGCGUGAUGUGCUCGCUGCUAAAAUUCCAGCCGAACAGGAGCGUGUAAAGAACUUCAGGAAGCAAUAUGGUGCCACCAAAAUGGGUGAAACCACCAUUGAUAUGAUGUAUGGUGGUAUGCGUGGCAUUAAGGGUCUCGUUUGCGAAACCUCCGUGUUGGACGCCGAUGAGGGUAUCCGUUUCCGAGGUCUUUCCAUUCCCGAAUGCCAAAAGGUCUUGCCCAAGGCCGAAGGCGGUGAAGAGCCAUUGCCCGAAGGUCUCUUCUGGUUGUUGCUUACCGGUGAUGUGCCAACCAAGGGACAAGUCAAACAAUUGUCGAAGGAAUGGGCCGAACGCGCUGCACUGCCACAACAUGUAGUCACCAUGUUGAAUAACAUGCCCACCACUUUGCAUCCAAUGUCGCAAUUCGCAUGCGCCGUCACUGCAUUGAAUCACGACAGCAAAUACGCUAAGGCCUACUCAGAGGGUGUACACAAGACCAAGUACUGGGAGUACGUGUACGAGGACAGCAUGGACUUGAUUGCCAAAUUGCCUGUCGUUGCGGCAACCAUCUACUGCAAUACCUAUCGUGGUGGCAAAGGCUCCAAAUCGAUCGAUUCCAGUCAGGAUUGGUCUGCCAACUUUGUCAAAAUGCUGGGCUAUGACAAUCCCAAAUUCACCGAAUUGAUGCGUCUCUACCUGACCAUUCACAGCGAUCACGAGGGUGGCAAUGUUUCUGCACACACUGUGCACUUGGUUGGCUCCGCUUUGAGCGAUCCCUACCUAUCGUUCGCUGCUGGCAUGAACGGUUUGGCUGGUCCAUUGCACGGUUUGGCCAAUCAAGAAGUGUUGGUGUGGUUGCGCAAAUUGCAAAAGGAAUUGGGUGCCAACCCAACUGAGGAUGCGUUGAAGGAUUACGUUUGGAAGACCUUAAAAUCGGGACAGGUUGUGCCCGGCUAUGGUCAUGCUGUGCUACGUAAGACCGAUCCACGCUACACCUGCCAACGUGAGUUCGCGCUCAAACACCUGCCUAACGAUGAUCUCUUCCAACUGGUGUCGAAGAUCUACAAGAUUGUGCCACCAAUUCUAACCGAAACCGGCAAGGUCAAGAACCCAUGGCCCAAUGUAGAUGCUCACUCCGGUGUAUUGCUGCAAUACUACGGCAUGAAAGAAAUGAAUUACUACACCGUAUUGUUCGGUGUUUCGCGUGCGCUUGGUGUCUUGGCUUCAUUGAUCUGGGAUCGUGCCUUGGGUCUGCCCAUUGAGCGACCAAAAUCCUUGUCGACCGAUAUGUUGAUGAAAAUGGUGCAAAAGUAAAUGAAAGUGAAAAUGAAAAGUGUUCAAUAACGAAGGCGCCGAUUUGUUGUUGGAUAGAAGACGUGAAUCAAAUGUGGAAAUAACCAAAAACCUAUAACUAUAAAUUGCGAAAUAGUUUUAUUUGAAAAGCAAAAAUAAAUAAAUUAGCCAACAGCGAAAUUCGUAAAUGAUGAAGCAAAUGCGUUUAGUUGAAUACAAAAUGAAAAUAUUUAUUGUUAUGCACCGAUAACAACAACAACGACAAAAACAACAAUUUUACCAACAACGGCAGAGACAACAAGGCAAACAAAAACAAAAAACAAAAACACUACACCGCAAAACAACUUGAAACGCUUCUAAUUUUAACUUAAUUAUUAUUACAUUUAAGCGUAUUGCGUGCAAAAGCGCCACAGCCACUAAAUGAGAACUUAACGAGCAGAAACAGCUAGCGCUAAACACAGCUAAGAAUAUCCCCAUUUCAAAACUUAUUUUAUUUUAAGUAGAAAAAAGUUUAAUAAUCUAAGUAAAAUGUGGAUUUCUUUCAACAACAACAAUAAAAACAAAAACGAAAAACAACAACAAAAAUUUCGAGCAACAGCUGAGCUAAAAAGUAUGAUAUUAAAUUACUUUAAAGUAAAUAAAUUGUUUUAAUUAAAUAAGUACACGGUAAUAACGAUUCCCAAAAAAUUUCACCUGCAUCAAAAGUGAUGCAUUAAUUAUAUACAUAUAUACCUACAUACAUACAUACAUAGUUAUGUAUAUAUAAAUAUAUUAUGACGUAUAUAACAUACAUAUGUAUAUGUAUACAAAAUAUACAAACAAGUAUCUUGUGAAACGGCAUUAUUACUUUGUGAGUUGUUGCAAUUCAAUGAAAUAAAAACAAAUAUUAAAACAUGUAUUCGAGAAUAAGUGAGAAAGCUACAAACAAUAAAGAAAAACUAAAAACAUUAAAACAUAAACAAAAAAAUGUAUUUGAGUUUAUUGUUAAGAGCCGGGUUGUGAUUUUUUCGCUUCAAAACUUUUGAAUUGAAAUUUAGAUUAAAAACGAAAUUAAAAUCUGAAAAUUAAAUUAUAUUUAUUAUUGUAAUUCUUUGUAAAUUUUUUAAUUUUGAAAUUAAAAUUUCAAUUGAAGUUUUGUUUUUCCUUGAAUUUUUUUUAAUUUUUAAUUCCAGAAUUUUGCUAAUUUUUUUUCUUUAAAAUUUCAAUAUUAGAUUUCUACUUUUUAACUCAAAAUCGGAAUUAAAAAUUUAAUUUUUAAUUUUUCUUCAUUUUAAUAUUUUUAUUUAUGUUUUUAACUAAAAUUUCAAUCGAAAUUUAUUUUUUUUUAAUUUUUUAAUCCAAGAAAUUAGCGAAUUUUUUUCUUAAAAAUUUCAAUACUAAUUGCUUUAUUUUUCUUUUUCUCUUUCUUUUAAUUUUAAUUUUUUUAUUUUUUAAUUUUGAAAUUAAAGUUUCCAUUGUAGUUUUAUUUUUAUUUCAAUCUCUUUUUAGUUUUUGAUUCAAGAAAUUUGCGAUGUUUUUCUUUUUUUAAAUUCCAAUAUUAGAAUUUUAAUUUUUAUUCCCAAAAUCGAAAUUAAAAACUUUAAAUAUCACUGUUUUAUUUUUUUUGUAACUUACGUUUUUUUAUUUUUUAAGUUUGAAAUUAAAAUUUCAAUCGAAAUGUAAUUUUUAAAAUUUGUUUUUUAUUUUUUUAAUUCAAGAAUUUUGCGAAUUUUUUUUCUUUAAAAUUUUAAUAUUAGAUGUUUACUUUUUAACCCAAAAUCGGAAUUAAAAAUUUAAAAUUUAAUUGUUUUUUUUUAUUUUUAAUAUUUUUUAAUUUUGAAAUUAAAAUUUCAAUUGAUUUUAUUUUUCAUUUAAUUUUUUUUUAAUUUUCUUGAAUGUUUUGUUUUUAAAUUUAAGAAUCUAAAAGUUAGAAAUUUCAAUUGAAAUUUAAUUUAAUUUUUUGUUUAGUUCAAGAAAUCAAAAUUUUAACUCCAAUUUGAAAUCUAAUUUUUUGUUCAAAUUUUUUGAAUCAAAUUUUUAAUCCACGAAAUUAAAUUUUUAAUCCAAACUAAAAAUCAGCAUUUCAAAUUGAAAUUCAAUUUUAUAUUUUGAAAAAUUUAAUUUUUAAGCCAAAAUGUAGGCAUUAAAAAUGUAAAAUCUAAUUGAAAAUUUAGUUUUUAAUUGCAAAAUCAGAACUAAAAUUUUAAAUUUUUAUUUUUAAUCCAAAAUGUUUGGAAUUAAUAUUUGAUUUUUUUUUUUAAUUUAAUAGUAAAAUUUGAAAAAUUAUUUUUUAAAUCCGAACAGCGUGGAUCAUAAAUUGAAACAUUAUCCAAGCAAUAAGAUAUUUAAGUUUGCCGACCACGGUUCUAAAGCAUAGAAGAUGAGGACUGUGUGCGAGCUCUAGUUAAAAAUGGUAGAACACGAUGUACGCAAACGCGCAAAAAUGUAAAUUCUAAAACAAUUAAGUUUUUUAAUCAAAAGCUUAUUUUUUAUUUUUAUUUAAACAAAAAUAUAAAUUAUAAAAACCGGAUUAAAAAUUAAAAAUAAAUUUAAAAUUAAAUUCAAUAAACCUAAAAAGCGGUUUAAAAACUAAUGAAUGAAUCUCAAAAACCGUUUUAAAAAUUUAUUAAAUUUAAUUUUAAAUUUUUAAUUAACCAACGGAAUAAAAAUUAAAAAGAAAUUCAAUAAAUCUGGUUUUGGAAUAAUUUUUUUUUCAAUCCGAUGUUUGGGAAAUUUAUUUUUAAUUAAGAUUUUCGGGACGAAAAAAUAAAUUUUUUUUAAUGCAUUAUUUGCAACCCUGCUACGAGUUUGCACUCAAAACAUGUACAAUAAAGACAACAUAAUAAAACUACAUAUAUGAUAAAGGAAGUACAUGGCAAUUACAGAAAUCACACAAAGUCAAAAAUGUUUAGGAAAAAUAAAAAUUGAAAAACAAACAAAAGCAUAUAUUAAUUUUUAGGGAGUAGCAUGGAUAAGAACAAGAGUGUUCAAAGUAAUGCUAAAUAAAUUAUUUAAAUUUUAUCAACAUAGGUUUCUGUUAGCAGUAGGUUCUUAAAGGUUUAGAAUAUUAGUUUUAAAAUAUACUAGGUCCUCAAUAGUUUUGCGUUGUUUAUUUUAAAAUAUUUUCUAUAAUACAAUAUUUUAAAUUUUGGUUGGUUUAUUUUAAACCCUUUUCCGUAAUUUUCCAUACUUUUUCCACUUUAUUUGUAUUGCACAUUUCCACUACCAAGCAAUGCCACUCUUUUAUUACCCUACCCACCUUUCCUACGAGCUUUAAUUUCCAACUUAAAACUACUUUCGAACAUUGGAAUAUAAAAAAAACACACACUCAAACGUGUUGUUAAGCGUACAAUAACUAUUUAUAAGCGCAUUUUAAUAUAUAUUAAUGCAUUACAUACAAAUUUAUUAAACAAUAAUAUUACAAAGUACUUAUUUAUUUAGACGCAUAACCGCACGUAGUGGAUAAAGUGCUAGUAAAUAGACAAAUAAAUAUGUGUUGAAAAUAUUGCUGAAUAAUGAAAAUGUGCAUGUAAGCAUUAUAAAUAAUUGGAAACUUAAUAAACAAAAAUUUUUUGCUGUCCUAUUAAAUUGUUUUGUGGAAAUUAAGACAUAGUGGAUUUGUUUAAAAUUAGCAAACUAGCUCGUUAGGAUGAUUUCGCAAGGACUCUUAAAAAUAAAUGCUUGCUGGCUGGCGAAAAAGUUAAAAAUAAAA